UGAGAGAGAAGGCAACGUCCUUGAGCCAUGAGCCCGCUCUACCCCUCGUCUUGUGUGUAGGGAUGCUGGCUACCCAAUCACGUGCUAGCUACGUUUUCGGUCCAUAUCCGAACUGACAGGGAGGUAGCUACCUAAGGGUGUAGGUGUCUAUAGUGUAGGUGUAACUGGUUUCCGCAUCUGGCUUUCUCAUUAUCGUGAAAGUCGUUUGCUGUGUGUGAUUUGCGGAUUGUGAAUCAACAUGUCAUCAAACGUAUCGCCGCCGCCAUUCUACGACGAUUUGGGUAAAAGCGCUAAAGAUUUGUUCAGCAAAGGAUACAAUUUUGAUACAGUGAAAUUAAACGUGAAAACCAAAGCUCCAACCGGUUCCGAAUUCAACUUCGGUGGAACUUCUCAUAUCGAUUCCGGCAAAUUUCUUGGAACUAUUCAGGGUACGAAUAGGAACGAAAAAUAUGGUAUCAAUAAUACCGCAAGAUGGAAUACAUGUAAUACAUUGAGCACUGAAACAUCGUGUGAUUUUUUCAAAGGUGCUAAACUCUCCCUCGAAAGUACUUGGUACUCCCUUCAGACUCUCGACGAUAGAAUUUCGAAAGUAAGAGCUGAAUACAGAAACAAUCAUCUAGCCCUCCGCACUGAUGUUGAUUAUAAAACCGGUCCUGCGCUUCAUCUUAUUUCGGCUUCUGGAGUUUUUCAGUAUGAUGGUUGGUUCAUCGGUUUACUGUCAAAGUUCGAUACGAAAGGUUCCAAACUGAAGAGUGCCAACUUAGCGUUCGGAUGCAAUUUUAAAGAAUACGCUAUUCACAGCAAAAUGAGCGAUCAAGAGUUAUACAACUGUAACAUUUAUCAUCGAAUGAAUCCUUUCCUCGAAACUGGUGUUGAAUUUUCAUGCCCAAAGGAAAAUGAUGAUACUAAAUUUGGAAUCUGUUGUAAAUAUACUUGGGAUCGUGACACUACUGUUCGAGCUAAAGUGAAUAAUUCUAGUCAAAUUGGUCUCAGUUUCGCCCAUAAACUUAAGGAUGGUAUUACCAUCACGUUAUCGGCAUUGAUCAGUGGUAAAAAUUUCAAUCAAGGUGGACAUAAAAUCGGUUUGGGUAUUGAAUUCGAGCCAUAUUGCUCACACGCGUCGUUGGGUAGGUACUGUUGAAUAACAUUCUACUUUGUAAAGGAAAGAGUGUUAUUCCGGUUCAGAGGGAUUGUAAGCAAUGCAUUUUUCAUACUUAAGUUAUGUAAGGAGGGACUUACGUUUACGUAGUGUUUCUAAUUUUAUUUUAAGUAGCCGAUAUUAGGUAAACAAAAUAUAAGUUGCUUGAUUUA